CAGGGGGUGAAUGCCUCUCUUUAGGGCACUUGCUAAGAACAUGGCCGCCAGCUAUUUCCACUAUUUCAAGCGCCUUGGCGGUUUUGUAAUGGAAGUUACACUUCUGUAUGUCUUUAUUCAGUGAUCCUGCUCCUGGCUCAAUUUCAGCACAGAUGAAGUAAAUAUUUACCUCAUCUGUGAUUUCAGUUUCGUUCUGCUGCUACAAAUUCACAAUCACAAACCUGGGAAAAUGGCAACAAAAGGAGAUAAAAAUGUGUUCGCGUCACCGUGGAACAAUAGCGAUAUGGUUUUAGUAGUCGAAGAUAAGGAAAUCCAUGUCCACAAAUGGAUUCUCAUCUCGCAGUCGCCCGUAUUUGAAGCGAUGUUGGAAGGCCAUUUCUUGGAAGCUACCCAACACAAAAUCACUCUCAAAGAAAAAGAUUUGAAGUCGAUGAAAAUGUUUUUGAAAAUACUCUACCCUUACUGUAUGUUUGGAGAAGCUAGAGUACCUUUAGAUGGUGAAAAUCUGUUGUCAAUACUAGCGCUUGCAGAUGAGUAUCAGUGUGUAAACGUGAUUAAACAGUGCAUUGAUGAAGCAAAAAUCACACCAGAAAUUGUUUUAAAACUUCUGCCUUAUGCAAUAAAGUAUCACAAAUCAGCACUGCCUAAAUUCUAUGAAGUUAUGAACUGGAGCGUCCCAACAGCCAAGUUAGAAAAAGUUAUUUUAUCAGAGCAAAAUAGUGAUGCAUCAAUUGAGUUGCUGUUAGCCAAAUGUCGCUUCCUGGAAACAGCGCUAAUAGAAAGGCACGACAUGAUGACAUCAUUGAUUGACGAUUAUUUCACCUUGAAGCAAAGUUCAGCCAAAAUGAAAAGCAGCGAUUCCUAUUAUUUCCAAGUAGUUCGACAUUUUCCAGUUUGUAAGUGUCCACCAAGUCAACUUAGUGUUAAAAGUAUCAGUGCUGUCAAAAAAUGUAAAAGUUGUCUGGAAAGAUACAAACAGAAAUUUAUAGCAACUAUUCCCAGUUGUUCUGGGGCAAAAUCCAACACAAUGAUGGAAAUAUUAAAACAAGAUGAUGAAAUAGUCACUGUUGUGAAAAGAUACAAAGAACAUCCCACGAAACAUUCUACUCAGAUGUCAUACUGUCGUAGUCCUUAUUAUUGUCCUUCUAGUCCUUCUUACAGUCCUACUAGUCCUUCAUAUAGUCCUACUAGUCCUUCAUACAGUCCUACUAGUCCUUCAUACAGUCCUACUAGUCCUUCAUACAGUCCUACUAGUCCUAAUUAUAAUACAUACAGUCCUAGCUACUAGUCCUAACUACAAGCCUACUAGUCCAUCAUUGAUACAGUCCUUCUAGUCCCAAGUGAUCCCGUAGUGGUGCUAGGAUUUCGUAAAGCCCAAAUUGCUUUUAUUUAAUGAUCCAUUGAAAGGGGGCUGACAGUCAUGUUUUAAGCACAAAAGAUGAAUUUUGACUUGUCAUUUAUCAGGAAAUUCCAACAUGUUUAAUUUCCAGGACGAUUUUGUUAUUUUAAUACUUUUUUUAAGAAAUAUAAUAUAUAGCCUUUCUAUUUUAAAAGUACUGUAAUUUACGUAUACACAAACAAUGUCUAUCUUAUUUUAUCUGUAAUGCAC